GUUGUUGUGAGGCGACUGCGCUACUGCCGGACCGGGGCGGUUAUGGCGGCUCCAUAUUAACACCCUCCUCCUCCUCCUCCGCCUUCUCCUCCUCCUCCUUUUCCUCCCGCCCGCAAUCAUAAGCCAUCUCCCCCUUCACCCUGACACCUACCUCUUUCCCUCACCUUUCCCCCUCCCCUUUUCUACCAUGCCCGGCAUGAUGGAGAAAGGGCCCGAGUUACUGGGGAAGAACCGAUCGGCCAACGGCAGCGCCAAGAGCCCGGCGGGCGGCGGUGGCAGCGGCGCCUCGUCCACCAACGGCGGGCUGCACUACUCGGAGCCCGAGAGCGGCUGCAGCAGCGACGACGAACACGAUGUUGGGAUGAGAGUCGGAGCUGAAUACCAAGCUCGGAUCCCUGAAUUUGAUCCAGGUGCUACAAAAUAUACGGAUAAAGACAAUGGAGGAAUGCUUGUAUGGUCUCCAUAUCACAGUAUCCCAGAUGCCAAAUUGGAUGAGUAUAUUGCAAUUGCAAAGGAAAAGCAUGGCUACAAUGUGGAGCAGGCACUUGGCAUGUUGUUCUGGCAUAAACAUAACAUUGAGAAGUCCCUUGCUGAUCUCCCUAAUUUCACUCCCUUUCCGGAUGAGUGGACAGUGGAAGAUAAAGUCCUAUUUGAACAAGCCUUUAGUUUUCAUGGGAAGAGCUUUCACAGGAUUCAGCAAAUGCUUCCAGAUAAGACAAUUGCAAGCCUUGUAAAAUAUUACUAUUCAUGGAAAAAAACUCGAUCUAGGACUAGUUUGAUGGAUCGCCAGGCUCGUAAACUAGCUAAUAGACAUAAUCAGGGUGACAGUGAUGAUGAUGUGGAGGAAACACACCCCAUGGAUGGAAACGAUAGUGAUUAUGAUCCUAAAAAGGAAGCCAAAAAAGAGGGUAGUACUGAACAGCCUGUCCAAACUAGCAAGAUUGGACUAGGAAGGAGAGAGUAUCAGAGUUUACAGCAUCGCCAUCAUUCUCAGCGUUCUAAGUGCCGUCCACCCAAGGGCAUGUAUUUAACCCAAGAAGAUGUAGUAGCUGUUUCCUGUAGUCCCAAUGCAGCCAACACCAUCCUGAGGCAACUGGACAUGGAGUUGAUUUCUCUAAAACGUCAGGUUCAGAAUGCUAAGCAAGUAAACAGUGCACUAAAACAGAAAAUGGAAGGUGGAAUUGAAGAAUUCAAACCUCCUGAGUCAAAUCAGAAAAUUAAUGCCCGUUGGACCACAGAGGAGCAGCUUCUAGCAGUGCAAGGUGUCCGCAAAUAUGGUAAAGAUUUUCAAGCUAUUGCAGAUGUAAUUGGCAACAAGACUGUUGGCCAAGUGAAGAACUUCUUUGUAAACUACAGGCGUCGGUUUAACUUAGAGGAGGUAUUGCAGGAGUGGGAAGCAGAACAAGGAACCCAGGCUUCUAAUGGUGAUGCUUCUACUUUAGGGGAGGAGACAAAAAGUGCUUCUAAUGUGCCAUCAGGGAAGAGCACUGAUGAAGAAGAGGAGGCACACACCCCACAGGCUCCUCGAACUCUGGGUCCAUCACCUCCUGCCCCAUCAUCCACUCCAACACCAACAGCCCCCAUUGCCACUCUGAACCAGCCUCCACCACUUCUUCGUCCAACACUGCCUGCUGCCCCUGCUCUUCACCGACAGCCUCCUCCACUCCAGCAGCAGGCUCGGUUCAUCCAGCCCCGGCCAACUUUAAAUCAGCCUCCACCACCUCUCAUCCGCCCUGCUAAUUCUAUGCCACCCCGUCUAAACCCAAGACCAGUGUUGUCCACAGUUGGUGGUCAACAGCCACCAUCACUUGUCGGAAUUCAGACAGAUUCACAAUCCUCACUGCACUAAAAAGUAAAUUGGACAGAGCUGCAGUAACUAUCACCCCUCAUUAUACCAGUGCUCAUCUGACUGAUGCAAAAGAGAGAAAAGAGUAAUCUUUCCUAGAUACUGAGGCUGCGAACUAGUUUUGUGGCAGUGGAAUAGCAUAAGUGGAAGUCUUAAGAAAUGUUUCAGUUCACUAGACUAAAAGGUUAUGCAACAAAGAGCCUCCAGAUAGCCUCCUUUCUAGUGCAAAUGUUCAACAAUGUGAUCUUAUAAAAGGAAACAAAUAAUUAAGUAUUCUAUAUACCAAGGUUUUUUGUUUUUGUUUUUACUAUAUUUAUUUUACUGAAGUUCUUUAUAUUCUAGCCUCUUCAUAGUCAGGGCUCUUAGUACAGGAAUAUUGAUUUAGGAAUUGUGAAAACUCCUUAAGUUGUUACAUUAAGGAUGUUUGACUUUUUUCCUUUUUUCUUUAAUUUAAUUUUUUUUUUUAAUAAACAUUUUCCUAUGUUAGGAGUGCAAGAGUAAAUAGCCUGCCUCUCAGAUUUUCACAUACGUAUUUAAGAAAUUAUAGCUGCAUAUCCCUAUUUUCAAAAGAUUUGCUUUUUUUCCAAAGGAAUUUUAAUGUAUUCCUUUAAAAGAAAGCAAUUUAAUCAAUUGCAAAGCAAUUAUAUGAAACCACAAAGAAUGUACUGAACCUAAUAACCCUUUAACAUACAAUUAAGGGUCCUAGUGCAUAGUCCUUGUUUAAAGGUCGUUGGCCCAUCAUCUGUAGGGUAAUAAGAGGAUUGGAGUAAUAAUUUUACAUGCAAAUGAGAGCUUAAUUUGUUCAAGUACCGUGUCUUGUUUAAGUUCUUUAUAAAAUGGAGUUUUUCUUUUUUUUUUUUUUUUAAAUGUUUCUGAAUGCUAUGUGCUUUUAGUUAGUAGUUGCCUACACUUGGGAACUUUAGAAGAGAAUUAUAUAUUUUGUCAUGUAUGUGGAGAUGGUGGUUAUGGAAACAUUUAUUUUCAGUACCCUUUUUGUGUUUAGGUUUUUCUGAACUUACAGUCGCCCCCCUACUUACUAAUAUGGUCUGUGCUUAAUACGAAAGAUGUUUUCUUGAUAAAUCUCUGUUGUACUGUUUGGAUGCAUUUGUGUAUUCCUUGCAGGCACCCUGUACUCAUGGGUUUGGUUUAAGGUUAAAUCAUCAACAUUAUUUCAUAAAAUAAAAUUAAGAGUUUGUUCUAUGUUAUCUAAAAAUGUGAGUAUAUUGUCACAAUUGUGCUAAAAAUGCUGAUACCCUUUUUAUAAAAAACAAGGAUAUUUCAAGCCUUCUCGAUUCAGCACAUAAUCAUUAAACACCUAUAAAGAAUAUUUUACAAAUGAUAGUAUUUCAGCAAUGUGUUACUAAUAUUUUUGAUACAAUUUAAUAUUGGGAUCAUGAGUUGUGCAAAGGGACAGAUCACUUAGAUUGCUAUACUAAUGGAACAUAAGGCUAAAUGUUUGCACAUUCACAUUCCUACCACAUUUAGAACUACUUCACAUCAUGAUCAGCAUCUAAAGAGUUUGAGAGGUCUUAUUUUUCCCAAAAUACUGGGAAAAUAGUCCCUACCAUUGUCUCUAAAGCAUUAAAGAUAAAAUUAACCCAUUGAUUAGUUUUACAUCUGAAAGUGAGACCACUUCUUUCUAUAAGGACCUUAAGUUCUGGCGUAAUGUAAAAAUUUUUUUCUAGGAUAGGGCCUUUCUUUCUCAUUGGAUCAUCUCAAAUAGAUCCUGCUCCUGGAUCAUAACCAGGUAAAUUUAAUUUAAAAAUUCUUAGAAUUCAAGUGUUUUUACUUUAAAAGCCACAGAGGACAGUUAAAUAUCUUAAAAUAUCUAAAGUAUUUUUUAAAAGUACUUCAAUCAAGUCUUGCGUAUGUGCAUACUAUACCUUUACAGCGUUUAUUGUCUUGUCUCCUGUCAGUAAACCUUCAGUAUACAGUAUGUGGCAUAUGUCAGUAAGUUGGUCAGCCCCAGCAUCUGUCCAACUGUUGAGUAUAUUGUGAUUCAUUUAAAAUCUGUCCCAGACAUGGGCCAAGGUGCUGUAUCUGAGGGAUGUGUUGUAAUUUGAUUUACGUACAUUAGAGCACAUGGUAGAAAACUCUUAGCUUCAUUAGUAAUAUGAUACAUGUAUAUAGUGAGAUGUCUUUAUUGUGUGCUUUGCAUAUUUUGUAAAUAUUUUGCACGUCAUUUUUCUUUUUUUGUUUAAGCAGUGUUUGGCCUGGAAGAGUGAUAUGCUUGCUGCUUAAUCAAAGGAUUAAAGAUUUAAAGAUGUCUAUGUCUUCUAUUUUUAUAUAAUUUCAUGUUGUAUGAGGAAUUUAGGACCUCUUUACUGUGAAACUCUUAAAUCCUGAUUUUUAUAUAUAUAUUAAAAAAAAACUAGAACUCUCUUACAUUUUCAUUAAUUUCAGGGUUAUCAUUUUGAAAACUCUACCCCCAAGUGUUUUUGUUUUUAUACAUAACUAAAAGUAAAUCACAGUGUUGUUACAUCUGGUAAAUUUAAUGAAAAAAUACUCUGUAUAAUGUAAUUCCAGUGUAAUAAGGAUGGAGGGGAAGGUAAGUUACAAUAAAAACUUGUCCAUAAUUAAUAAAUUUACAAUUGAGUAAAAUA